UGGCGAUGAUCAGAAAUAGGACGUUAGCAAAUCGUUUGGGAGAAUUCCGUUGUCUUGAUUUAAAACAAUGAAUUCCUAUUUGAUAUUACUGUUUCUAUUGCUUCCUUGUUACGUUCAUUCGCGUAUGGUAGGAGGAUGGUCCAAGGUAAAAGAUCCUAAUGCUUCGAACAUUGAAGAGCUGGCAAAGUGGUCUUUGGCUGGCAUGAACGAUGCUUCUGGAUUGGAACUCUCUCAGAUAUGCAAAGCUGAAACUCAGAAAAAGUAAUUACGUCUUGAAGUAUUAAUUUCAAGUUUCGUGAUUUCACUUAACUGAAGAAAAUAGAAGGAACAUAUUCUAACAUUACGAAGUUGGACGUCGUUGGACUUAUAGAAGUUACGUUACAUCACAUGACUGAUAUCGACGGCUUUAAGUUAGAAAAGAGCAUCAAUCAGUGGUGGGUUAAAUAAGAAAAUCUGCUUUAAAACUGAAUAUUAAAAAUAAAGCACAUAUUGACGUUUUAUUCUUUACGAAACCUGAAUGUUUAGAAACUCGUAGAUUCUUUAUUGGUGAGAAAAUCAGUUGGUAAGACAUUCACAAAAUGGAAAUGCAUUUUGUGAGCAAGAAAUAAGAUUGACAGAGAGAGAAAAUUCCAAAUUGUUACUAUUAGCAGACUGCAAUAAUCUAGAGGAAAAGGAGUAAUUUGUACCAUCUACAGAUGUUUGUAGGGCUGAAAAUCUGUCACAGAAUUAUUAAGGAAGCUCUGAUUGAUAAAGGUGUCAAGAAAAACUUUCAAUGUAUUCAAUUCCUAAUCAAGAAAUACAUAUGGCGGAAGAAGAAAAUUUUGUAGACAAUAACAAUAAGUUAGAUGAGGAGGAACAAUCCACAUCGUCUGCAGAAAUUUAUACACGUGACAAAGUACGUAAAAGUACUUUCCAAAAAGUUAAUUGGAUAAUGACAGGAAUAGAUCUUACAUUUACAGAAAGUGAAUGGAAAAUUAUAUUUGAAAACAAUGUACCACAAAAGAAAUCUUAUGUAGCAAUUAUUACUAAAAAAAUGGAAGAACAUUUUUCCUGUGUUUUGAUGUCAAAGGGUUUUUAUGCAGCUGCAAACAUAUGUACUCUAAGAUUUCAAUGUGUGUUUCCAAAGUGUAGAAAAUAUAAACUAGUUCACUAUUAUGGCAAUGAAACACCAUUUCAAUUUUCAGUUUUUUAUGAUAGCAACAAUAUCAAACAUCCUUCCAAACUGAAAUCUACUAAGUUAAUUAGAAAAAGUUUUCCAUUAAAAAAAAGUCUUGAUGACAAUCAUCACGAAGACUCCAAGAAAUGCACUUUGUCUAAUAAUCUUAAAAGAAAUGAUAAUUAUUAUACUUUAAGGAAAAGGUCUUUAAAAGCAUCAUCGUUACAAGACUUUCAUAAAGAUGAUAUUGAAAAACUAAAUUCGCUUAUGAUACACCAAGAGAAGAAAGAUAAGAAGAAUCAGUAUGUACGCUACAUUAUUAAUAAUCCUUUUGGCAUAUACAUGUUUAGUCAAUCCCAGUUAGAUAUCAUUAGACAUUGUUCUCGUUUCCAAGAGUUGACAGUUCAUGUAGAUGCUACAAGCUCUUUGAUUCAGCAAUCUCCAAGCUUAGAUGAGCACAUUUUGUAUUAUGUCUGUCUUGUCUCUCUCAAUUCUUUUCUCCUGUCGGAGGAAUAUACUGAAUUACCAAUCUGUGAAAUGAUAAAUUCGUCUCAUAAUGCAUUCUCCAUAAAAACUUGGCUGAAUCAUUUUAAGUUUAAUUUCAUGAAGUGUCACAAUUCUUGGCCAUGCUUUCGACAUAUAGUUUCCAAUUUUAAUUAUGAUAUCUUAAAUGCAAUUUCUGAAGGUUUAAAUGAGUGCAAGUUAAUUGAUUAUCUUAAUCUUGCUUAUCAUUCUGUUGUGUUUAAAACUAAUUUCAAUCUCAUUAAUAUGCAUUUAUGUUGUGAUCAUCUAAUGAAAAGUAUGAUCAGUGAUGUAGAAAACUCUUAUGAACGACUUGAAAGAACCAAUAGAAAAUUCAUUAUGACUGUUUUAAUGUCACUUUAUAAUAUAAGUAACAUUGAAAAGAUAGAAUAUGUUUUGCGAAGACUUUCUACAUUGUUAACAGCAAAAUUCUACACGAGAUAUGUUGAGUUGUGCAAGAGAGAAUUAGAAGAGACUAUUUUAAAUUCUGUAGAGCACGAAUUUGAAGAUGUUGAGUACUUCUAUGUCAGUGGUGAUGUGAUAUCACAAGAAGAAAAACUUGAUUACUCUAACAGUUCUUUCUUCCAGCAUUUCUCACACAUUAACAAUGAAUAUGACUCCAUCUUGGAUGUAAAUGACAAUUUGUCUGCAGAGAAAAUAAAUCCGUUUUGUAAUCAUCACUUAUUCAAUAUAUUAUUGCAGAAAUACAUAUCAAUUUUACCUUUGUGGACACCAAUUUUAUUACAAACACCUAUGAAAUUCUCAAAUGGAGAUGUUGAAAAUUACUUUGGACAAAUUAAAGAAAGGUGUUUGAGAAAAUCUUAUGAAAUUGGUAAUCCUCCAUAUAAGUGUUCGACAUUUUUAAAUGAGACACGGGCAUAUAUAAAUGAAGCAGAAAAACAUUUCUGCUAUAUUCCAAAGUUAACACUACAUGAGGGAACAGAAUUACUGGAUUCCAAAGAAAAUGUAACCUUAGUCAAUUUAGAACUUGAGAAUGAUAAUAUUGGUAUUGAUGAUACUACUAUUCCUGAUUUAAAAACUUCAUUAACCAAGCACAAUUCUCACAAACGGAUUUUUAAAGAAGAAAUAAACAGUAAAAUAGAUGGCCAGAGUUCAAUAACUGCCAAAAAGCAUUGUUAUAAACAUAAAUCUGUGCCACCAGUUAAUUUCUAUAGAAAGAAAAUUGCAUCAAUAAUUGAAACGCAAGCAUUGUAUCAUAUAACUGGAAGAACAAUUAUUAAAUCAGAAAGUGAGAUUGUAAAUUACAUGAAAAAUGGCUUAAAAUGUGACAUACAUUUCUAUAUUGGACCCAUCUUAAAAUGCCAGUCUAUCUUUGAACAAUGUAAUUAUGUUGUUGCCAGAAGAGGUAAUCUCACCCUCUUUCUAGAUAAUUAUUAUAGUUUAUAUGGAAAACAACAUUUAACAAAUUUUGUCAUUGAAUACAUUCUGGCCAUACUAAUUUCUGGAAAAGAAGAAUUUCAAAUGAUACCUUGUGAAAUUGGUACGGCUAUUUUUAGUGAUCGAGAUCUUCAAUAUGUGUCUAUGUUAAAAAUAUAUGGUGAAACAAAGAUGCUGUUCAUACCUAUAAAUGAACAGAGAUGCCGUUGGAUUCUUUUGAUUCUAGAUCUACAAGAUAGAAUUUUCUAUUGCUGCGAUUCCAUGUCUCCUUCAGGAAAUGAUGAGUAUUUUAAACUUUUUCUAGAAACAGACUUCGGUGCUGCUCCAAUAGGACCAUCAAAUACUUGGAGACUAGGAAGUUAUGAACGCGACUGCCAAGAAGAUGACUACAACUCUGGGAUUUAUCUUGUACAUUAUGUAGAACAAGCAGUAUCGUUAGGAUGCGUUAUGUCUUCUGAAGAUCUUUUUGAUCCAGAUAUAUACAGAUUUAUAUUGUUAGAGUAUAUUCUUCACACUUCUGAUGACAUGCAAAGCAACUGUUUGAUGUGUGGUUCUUUGCAUUAUUAUGAACGUGAAAUGGCGUCUUGGAUUCAGUGUGAAAAAUGCAACAGGUGGUUACAUAUUUCUUGUUUAAAUAAAAAAGAUGGCUCCAUUCGGAAAUUAUCUGAUUAUGAACACAAACAGUUUCUGUGUUUUCUGUGUUCUUAGUGUCAAUACUUUACCAUUUAUAUUUGGGAAUAAUAAUGGAUAUGCUGAGUUUUUUUGAAUUGAGGAAAUGUCUUCUACUGGGAACCAGAUGCUUACUCUCUUGAAAAUUAAGCGUGAAAGCUAAGUACAGAAUGCACAAUUUUUAAUAUCUGUCUUUAUGCACAGACGAGAACUGUUAAGCAUUAGCAAGAGUAGCAACAAACAAGUAUAUAAUAUUUUUUAUCAGUUUUAUUUGUAUAUACAUUUUAAACAUAUUGAAAUAAAAAUUAAAAAUGUUAUAAAAUCAUGUUAAAAUAUUAUUUUCUUUUACAGUUUAGAAUUUUAAUAUUACAUUAUCAAUUGGAGAGAGAUUGAAAUGUAAAAAAUCUAAGUCUAAAUUACACUAGUAACCAAAUGACUUCAGUCAAUUUAAAUUCUGGAAGUUGCUGCUUUGGAAAAAAUUGAGGUGGCUUGCCUGGAUUCAAUCCAGAUCCCCAGAGUGGUAGGCCAUUGCUUUUGUCAUUUGGUUGUUACUAUUAAACUACUUAUUUAUGGCAUCAAACAUAAACAAAAAUUAGGUUUGAGUAUAAACAAUGUAAGAAAUGGGAAGAGGGAUUGAUAUAGCACAGUGUUUCUCAACCUCUAACGAAUUGUUGCCCCCUUCAACAUAGUAUCGCCCCCUUCACUUCAAAAUUCCGAUGCCGAGGGCCAAGGCUAACGCCAAAUUCGU